AUGAGUGAAGUUAAACGAGGCAUGCUUAAAUAUUAUCAUCGAGGUUUAUUAAGUAAAAAAUGGAAAGAAUAUAAAUUUAUACUUUAUGAUUCAAGUUUACUCACAUGGUAUUCGGAUAUUAAACAUAAAAAACCUGAUGGAAUGAUUUUACUUAAAGAUGUCGAACGAUAUAUUUGUGUUGGUCCAUAUACAAGAUUUUUACCUGAUUUUCCUCAUCUUGAUAACAUAUAUGAUGAAGUAGCACUUAUUGCUUUUCCAGCGUCUGUAAAAGAUCGUGAUCGCGACAUCGUAUGGCUUUUAUGUGAAGAUCUAGAUGAUUUAAAUUCAUGGAUGAGAGCUAUUGUUCAAACAUUACCAUCACGUAAAUUACAUAUGGAAAAAUUGACUAAGGUUGGUUCGUCAACGGUUGAUGAAAAUAGUGAAACAAUUACAGAAAUUAAUCCAUCUGAUAAUGAUAGUUCAGAACCAUUAAUACUUAAAACAGAAACAGUUCAACUUCCGUUAGCAGCAGGUCUUAUUGGAACUCAUCUACAACGUCAAGCAAUGGAUUCGAAAAAAAAUCCAUUACAAAAAGCUGGUUAUGAUUAUGGUGAUACUGAAUGGGGAACUGGUGAAGGUUGGAGUUAUUCGUCACCGUCAACUGUUCCUGGAUUUGCAGCAAUUGGUGGUAGUGGUUGUUAUGCAAAUCACAUAGACUUAAUUCGUACUGAAGAAGAUGAACAACAGUGUGAAGAUCGAGUCGGUGAAACAGUUGAUGAUGAUGAAGCUGUUAAAGGAGCUACUUAUGAAUUAUCAAAGAACCAAAUAGAUGAUCAAGAAGAAGAAAUACCAAACUAUCGUAACAACAACGAUGAUAUUGAAGAAAAUUAUGAUAAUGAUAAUGCAGAUCUUUUAGAUAUUGAAAAAGACUUUAAAAUGAUUGAUAGUGACAUUGACAAAUAA